AUGGUGUGGAAGAAGAGAGUUUGCGCCCAUCUUGCUUGUUUGCACGAUGAUAUGUGGAGUGUUGUUACUAAAGGACCAAUCAAGAUCGACAAAGAAAAAUCAGAAUGUACAAAUGAAGAUAAGAGGAAGAAUAACCUCGACAACUUGGCCAUGGAAAUCCUGUACAGAUCUCUUGACGACAACAUGUUCAAUUACAUCAUAUCUUGCGAGUCUGCCAAAGAAAUUUGGGAUAGACUCACUAAACUUUGUGAAGACAACGCGCAAACCAAAGAGAACAAGAUCACGGUUGCCACCCAGCAGUUUGACAACUUUAAAAUGCGUCCAAGAGAGACGAUGACUAAGUUUGAUGCAAGAUUCAGUCAGAUUAUCACUACCCUAUCCAUCCUUGGUAAGACCUACAAUAAUAGAGAGAUUGUUAUAAAGGUCAUGCGAGCUUUACCCUGGAAGUGGGACAUCAAGACUAUGGCCUAUGAGUUUAAGUUGAACUCGAGGAAUGAAAAGGAGCACACCACAUCCGCUAUCAUUAGCAAGGCUUUGGUGUCUUCCUAG